AUGUCCGAGACGAAAAUCAUACCCAAGCACUCUAUGAAGUCUACGUGGCGGACCCAGGAGCGCCGGCAAUGGGGCCUCGCCCACUGGUUCUUCGACGUGCUCGGAGUGCUUCCCACCAGCCUCGACCGGCAUGUGCCCGUCCACCAAAAGUCGGAAAAGACGCCGUACCUGUCGGACUGGCAGCUGCACCGCUGGGCCAUGUUCCACACGGCCAUCCCGCUCAUCGUGCACCAGCUGUACGCCCAGUACGCGGGGACCAACCUGAGCAAGCCGCAGGCAGCGCUCUUCUACGGGUCGGCCAUGCUGCUCACCAGCAUCCGCGAGCUACACGUGCUGCGCGAGAUGGGCCACCGGCACGGCUUCCUCGACGGCGACACCCACGAGCGGGACGGCGUCCCGGACGGCGGCGUGUGGAAGGUCAUCGUCUCGCUCCUGUCGACCGUCUCGUUCCGCACCCUGCUCUUCGUCCUGCUCGCCUACCGCACCGCCGAGACGCCCGCCGACGUCAACUGGCCGUGGCUGCCGUUCGAGGUCGGCCUCUACGCCAUCGUCCUCGACUUCUGGUUCUACUGGUACCACCGCCUGAUGCACGAGAUGCCCGGCCUGUGGCGGUUCCACCGCACCCACCACCUCACCAAGCACCCCAACCCGCUGCUGACCCUGUACGCCGACGCCGUGCAGGAGGUGCUCGACAUUGUCGGCAUGCCGCUCCUCACCUACUCCUCCAUGAAGCUGGCCGGCAUGCCCAUGGGCUUCUACGAGCUGUGGAUCAGCGGCGCCUACGUCGUCUUCACCGAGCUCAUGGGCCACAGCGGCCUGCGCGUGUGCGGCUCGACCCCCAACAUGUUCAACUCCAUCCUGCGCCUCGUCGGCGCCGAGCUCACCAUCGAGGACCACGACCUGCACCACCGCAAGGGCUGGAGGGUCAGCGGCAACUACGGCAAGCAGACCUUCCUGUGGGACCGCAUCUUCGGCACCUGCAAGGACAGGAUGGAGACUCGCCCGGCAAACGUCGACUACGCGAACCGCAUCACCAUGCCGAUUUUCAUCACCAAGACGACGGCCGCAUGA